CGUCGUUUCUUCCUAGCCAAACGGAGCAAUUAAUUUUGUCCAUUAUUUAUUUAUUUAUUUUUAAUAAGUUUCCCAAACGAUUUGAAAUUACGAACUCCGAAUCCAACAGACAACAGUGGCGCGGCGGGACACACGCACUGCAAAUCCACCUCCGAUUCGUCUCUACUCGUUCAGAUAUCUAGAGAGAGAAAGCAACGCCGGUGCGUUAGAGAGAGAUAGAGAAGAAUACUCUCAUCAAUGGACAAUUCGAACGAAGAAUUCGAACCCCUCUUUGAUUACACGCGGAUUCAGCCGUACAGCGUCGUUUGCCUCGACGAUGAUAGUCAGGACGAAUCGCCGGUGUUUUUCCCCAAGAAACGGAGAAUCUCAGAUCCUCAAGUACAAUCGACUUUGAAGGCGCUGAGGUUGAAAAGGCAGGAGUUGGCAUCUUUUGCUCAGUCAGCAGAGGAAAUGGUCAGAGCUGUUGAAGAAUCUGUAAGAAAAGACCUUGAUGCUGCUUUACAGUCUUCUCCAAAGAGUGUUGCUAAGGAGCCAGUGGAGCCGCCUCCUUCUGAUCGGGAAAAACUUGUUAUAUCCAUCCAGGAUAAAGAUGGCCUUAAACAAUUUCGUGUUUACAUGGAUGAUAAAUUCGAGCGCCUUUUUAAGAUGUAUGCAGACAGAAUUAAGGUCGAUACGAAAAACUUGGUUUUCUGCUUUGACGGGGAUAAAAUCAAUCCAGCUGCAACACCUAAUAGCCUUGAAAUGGAAGAAAAUGACAUCAUAGAAGUUCAUGUCAAGUCAACUUGAUCUAAUCUAUUAAGGUUGCCAAAAAUGCACAAGCUGAAAAGUCGUACUAGAGGAAUGCAAUUAUCGUCUCGAUGAGUUGUAUACCAAUCUUUUUUUUUGUUUUUGUUUUCGUCUCCUACAAAUGUAAAUUGAUGAAUAAUUUUUUUUUCCCUGGAUAUUUUUCGUUAAAACUGUUGGUCGAAAACGCUCGGUAACGAUUUUACGUCUUAUAUCAUCGUAUUACAAA